AUGAAUCGCCUGGUUCUUUCACUGAGCUGCGGCUUCUUGUCUCAGGUCAUCGAAACAUUGAUCUUUGCCUAUUUUGCUUCUGUAUCAUUGGCUGAUUGCCGGGGUCUUUUCCCAAGGCUGGAGAACGUGGGCGCUUUCAAGAAUGUUUCAAUUGUGCCAACCCAAGCAACGUGCGGACUCCCACACCGAAGCACUUUUUGUCAUAGCUCUGCUGCUGCUCAAAGUAUUCGGUUCUGUACCCAGCGGUUUUGCGUUCAGGAUUGCCCGUACAGAUCUUCAACCCCGACGUACACUGCCCUCUUCUCAGCAGGCCUCGGUAGCUGCAUCACAGCAGACAAGAAUGAUCUGCAUCCUAAUUCCCAUAACAAUUCCACAAGUUUUAUUUUUGGAAAUCACAAGAAUUGCUUUUCUUCUCCUUCUCCUCCUCCAAGGCUGGCGGCAUCAUUUACUCUAACUGUGUGGUUGAAACCUGAGCAAGAAGGUGUAAUGUGUGUUAUAGAAAAGACAGUGGAUGGGCAGAUUGUGUUCAAACUUACAAUAUCUGAGAAAGAGACCAUGUUUUAUUACCGCACAGUAAAUGGUUUGCAGCCUCCAAUAAAAGUAAUGACACUGGGGAGAAUUCUUCUGAAGAAAUGGAUUCAUCUUAGUGUGCAGGUUCAUCAGACAAAAAUGAGCUUCUUUAUCAAUGGUUUGGAGAAGGAUCAUGCAGCUUUUGAUGCAAGAACUCUAAGUGGGUCAAUUACAGAUUUUGCCUCUGGUACUGUGCAAAUAGGACAGAGUUUGAAUGGUUUAGAGCAGUUUAUUGGAAGAAUGCAAGAUUUUCGAUUAUACCAAGUGGCACUUACAAACAGAGAGAUUCUGGAAGUUUUUUCCGGAGACCUGCUCAGAUUGCAUAUCCAGUCACAUUGCCGCUGCCCUGGCAGCCACCCUCGGGUCCAUCCUUUGGGACAGCGAUACUGCAUUCCUAACGACGCAGAACACACAGCCAGUAACAGAGUGUCACGGUUGAAUCCCGAAGCCCAUCCUCUCUCUUUUGUCAAUGAUAACGACAUCAGUACUGCCUGGGUUUCAAAUGUGUUUACAAACGUCACCCAGCUUAAUCAAGGAGUGACUAUUACAGUAGAUUUGGAAAAUGGACAGUAUCAGGUGUUUUAUAUUAUCAUUCAGUUCUUUAGUCUACAACCAACAGAAAUAAGGAUUCAAAGAAAGAAGGAGGAUGGUUUCGAUUGGGAGGAUUGGCAGUAUUUUGCUAGAAAUUGCAGUGCUUUUGGAAUGAAAAACAAUGGAAAUUUGGAAAAUCCUGAUUCUGUCAACUGUCUUCAGCUUUCCAAUUUUACUCCAUACUCCCGUGGCAACGUCACAUUUAGCAUCCUGACACCUGGACCAAAUUUUCGACCUGGAUACAAUGACUUCUAUAACACCCCAUCUCUUCAGGAGUUUGUAAAAGCCACACAAAUAAGGUUUCAUUUCCGUGGUCAGUACUAUACCACUGAGACUGCCGUCAACCUCAGACACAGAUAUUAUGCGGUGGAUGAAAUCACCAUUAGUGGGAGAUGUCAGUGCCAUGGUCAUGCCGAUAAUUGUGACACAACAAGCCGGCCAUACAGAUGCCUCUGCUCGCAGGAAAGCUUCACUGAAGGACUUCAUUGUGAACGCUGCUUGCCGCUUUAUAAUGACAAGCCUUUCCGACAAGGUGAUCAAGUUCACGCUUUCAACUGUAAACCUUGUCAGUGUAACAGCCAUUCCAGAAGCUGCCACUACAACAUCUUGGCAGAUCCAUUUCCUUUUGAACACCUCAGAGGUGGAGGAGGAGUUUGUGAUGAUUGUGAGCAUAACACUACAGGAAGGAACUGUGAGCUGUGCAAGGAUUACUUUUUCCGACAAGUUGGUGCCGAUCCUUCAGCCAUAGAUGUUUGCAAACCCUGUGAUUGUGAUAAAGUUGGCACUAGACACAGCAGCCUCCUUUGUGAUCAGAUUGGAGGCCAGUGUAAUUGUAAGAGACAUGUGUCUGGCAGACAGUGCAAUCAGUGCCAGGAUGGAUUCUACAAUCUACAAGAGUUGGAUCCUGAUGGCUGCCGUCCCUGUAACUGCAAUACCUCUGGGACAGUGGAUGGAGAUAUUACCUGUCACCAAAAUUCAGGCCAGUGCAAGUGCAAAGCAAACGUUAUUGGGCUUAGGUGUGAUCAUUGCAAUUUUGGAUUUAAAUUUCUCCGAAGUUUUAAUGAUGACGGAUGUGAGCCCUGCCAGUGUAACCUCCACGGCUCAGUGAACAAAGCCUGCAAUCCUUUUUCUGGGCAGUGUGAGUGCAAAAAAGAAGCCAAAGGACUUCAAUGUGACACCUGCAGAGAAAACUUUUACGGAUUGGACAUCACUGGUUGCAAGGCCUGCGACUGCGAUACAGCUGGAUCCAUCUCUGGGACUGUCUGUCACCCUAAAACAGGGCAGUGCGUCUGUAAGCUCAAUGUUGGAGGAAGACAGUGCAAUGAAUGUUUGGAAGGAAACUUCUAUCUACAACAGAAUAAUUCUUUCCUCUGUCUGCCCUGUAACUGUGAUAAGACUGGAACAAUAAAUGGCUCUCUGCUGUGUGACAAAUCAACAGGACAAUGUCCUUGCAAAUUAGGGGUAACAGGUCUUCGCUGUAAUCAGUGUGAGCCUCACAGGUACAAUCUGACCGUUGACAACGUUCAUGGCUGCCACACGUGUGAGUGUGACUCCUUGGGGACAUUACCUGGGAGUAUUUGUGACCCGGUCAGUGGCCAGUGCCUCUGUUUGCCUAAUCGUCAAGGAAGAAGGUGUAAUCAGUGUCAACCAGGUUUUUAUAUUUCUCCGGGCAAUGCCACUGGCUGCCUGCCAUGCGUAUGCCAUACAGCUGGUGCAGUUAGUCACAUCUGUAACAGCCUAACUGGUCAGUGCGUUUGCCAAGAUGCUUCCAUUACUGGGCACAGUUGUGAUCAAUGUAAAGACCAUUACUUUGGAUUCGAUCCUCAGACGGGAAGAUGUCGGCCUUGUAAUUGUCAUCUCUCAGGAGCCUUGAAUGAAACCUGUCACUUGGUCACAGGCCAGUGUUUCUGUAAACAAUUUGUCACUGGCUCAAAGUGUGAUGCUUGUGUUCCCAGUGCAAGCCAUUUGGAUGUCAACAAUCUAUUGGGCUGCAGCAAAACUCCAUCCCAGCAACCUCCACCCAGAGGACAAGUUCAAAGUUCUUCUGCUAUCAAUCUCUCCUGGAGUCCACCUGAUUCUCCGAAUGCCCACUGGCUUGCUUACAGUUUACUCAGGGAUGGUGUUGAAAUCUACACAACUGAAGAUCAAUAUCCAUACAGUAUUCGACACUUCUUAGACACUGACCUGUCUCCAUAUACCUCAUACUCCUAUUACAUCAAGACCACCAAUGUGCAUGGUUCAACAAGGAGUGUAGCUGUCACUUACAGGACAAAACCAGGAAUCCCAGAGGGAAACUUGACCUUGAGUUAUAUCAUUCCUAUUAGCUCAGACUCAGUGACACUUACCUGGACUGCACUUUCAAAUCAUUCUGGUCCUAUAGAGAAAUAUAUUUUGUCCUGUGUUCCUCUGGCAGGCAGUCAGCCCUGUGUUCCCUACGAAGGGCAUGAAACCUCAGCUACCAUCUGGAAUCUGGUUCCAUUCACCAAGUACAAUUUUUCUGUACAGGCGUGUACUAGUGGGGGCUGUUUACAUAGCUUGCCCAUUGCAGUGAUCACAGCCCAGGCCCCUCCCCGAAGGCUGAGUCCGCCUGAGGUACAGAAAAUCAGUGCUACAGAACUUCAUGUCGAAUGGUCUCCCCCAAUGGAACCAAAUGGAAUAAUUAUAAGAUAUGAACUAUACAUGAAGAGAUUGAGAUCUACUGAAGAAACCAUUUCUGAAGAAAGUCGAGUUUUUCAGAGCAGUGGCUGGCUCAGUCCUCAUUCCUUUGCAGAAUCAGCCAAUGAAAAUGCAUUAAAACCUCCUCAAACAGCUACAAGCAUCACCGGCUUGGAGCCAUACACCCAGUAUGAAUUUAGAGUGGUAGCUGUGAAUAUGGCCGGUAGCGUGUCCUCUGCCUGGAUCUCAGAAAGAACAGGGGAAUCAGUGCCUGUCUUCAUGACCCCACCGUCGGUCCUUCCCCUCUCGUCGUACUCUCUUAAUGUCUCCUGGGAGAAGCCAGCAGAUAAUGUUACAAGAGGAAAAGUUGUGGGGUAUAACAUCAAUGUGAUUUCUGAUCAAUCACCUCAACAAUCCAUUCCAGUGAUGUUCUCACAGCUGUUGCACACUGCUGAACCUCAAGAACUGUCUUAUGUUGUAGAAGGACUGAAACCAUAUAGGAUGUACAAGUUUACUGUUUCUCUCUGCAAUUCCGUUGGUUGUGUAACCAGUGCUUCGGGAGCAGGACGAACAUUAGCAGCAGCACCAGCCCACCUGAGGCCUCCUCUGGUUAAAGCAAUCAGCAGCACAGUGAUCCAUCUUAGGUGGUUUCCACCUGCAGAACCAAACGGACCCUCUCCUAUGUAUCAGCUGGAGAGGAGAGAGUCAUCUCUAGCAGCUCCGAUGGCCACAGUGGUGAAAGGAAUUCGCUUCAUAGGAAAUGGGUAUUGUAAAUUUCCCAGCUCCACUCACCCAGUCGAUACGGACUUUACCGGCAUUAAGGCCAGCUUUCGAACAAGGGUGCCUGAAGGUUUGAUCGUCUUUGCGGCAUCGCCUGGCAGUCAGGAAGAGUAUUUUGCACUUCAGUUGAAGAAUGGACGUCCUUAUUUUCUUUUUGAUCCUCAGGGAUCAUCAGUGGAAGUUACCACAACUAAUGAUCAUGGCAAAAAAUACAAUGAUGGCAAAUGGCAUGAAAUAAUUGCUAUUAGGCACCAGGGUUUUGGCCAAAUCACUCUGGAUGCGCAGUAUACAGGUUCCUCUGCUGCCCUGAAUGGUAGUACCGUUAUUGGAGAUAACACAGGGGUGUUUCUGGGAGGGCUGCCCCGAGGUCACACCAUCCUAAGGAAGGACCCUGAGAUAAUCCAAAAGGGUUUUGUGGGCUGUCUCAAGGAUGUACAUUUUAUGAAGAAUUACAAUCCCUCUGCUGUUUGGGAGCCUCUGGAUUGGCAGAGCUCUGAAGAACAAAUCAACGUGUAUAACAGCUGGGAGGGAUGCCCUACCUCUUUAGAUGAGGGAGCCCAGUUUCUAGGAGCAGGGUUCUUGGAACUUCAUCCAUUAAUAUUUCAAGGUGGAAUGGACUUUGAGAUUUCCUUCAAGUUCAGAACUGACCAGUUCAAUGGAUUGCUGCUUUUUGUUUACAACAAAGAUGGACCUGAUUUUCUCGCUAUGGAGCUGAAGAGUGGAAUAUUGAGCUUGCGGUUAAAUACCAGUCUUGCCUUGACACAAGUGGAUCUGUGGCUGGGACUGUCCUAUUGUGAUGGAAAGUGGAAUGAAAUAAUUAUUAAAAAGGAAGGCUCUUUCCUAUCAGCAAGCAUGAAUGGACUAACGGAGCACGUGUCAGAGUUGGGAGCCCAGCCACUGGCAGUGAAUUCACCCGUCUAUCUGGGGGGAAUCCCACAGGAGCUGCAGAACUCUUAUCAGCACUUGAGUUUGGAAGAAGGUUUCGGUGGUUGCAUGAAGGAUGUUAAAUUUACACGGGGUGCUGUCGUUAACUUGGCAUCUGUGUCCAGCGGUGCUGUCAGAGUCAAUCUGGAUGGAUGCCUAUCAACUGCCAGCGCUGUUAACUGCAGGGGAAAUGACUCCAUCCUGGUUUACCAGGGAACAGAGCAGAGUGUUUAUGAGAGUGGUCUCCAGCCUUUCACAGAAUACCUGUAUCGGGUGGUAGCCUCGCAUGAAGGAGGCUCAGUAUGUAGUGACUGGAGUCGAGGCCGCACGGCAGGAACAGCUCCAGAAAGUGUGCCAACUCCCUCACGAGUCCGCAGCAUAAAUGGAUACAGCAUUGAGGUGACCUGGGAUGAACCUGUCGUGGUCAGAGGUGUAAUUGAGAAGUACAUUCUGAAAGCCUACGGUGAGGACAUCCACCGUCCACCCCACGUGCCCUCUGCCAGUGCGGAGUUUGUCAAUACCAGCACCUCUGCAGGCAUAUUGACAGGCUUGCUACCCUUCAAAAACUAUGCAGUAACCCUAACUGCUUGCACUUUGGCUGGCUGUACUGAGAGCUCACAUGCAUUGAACAUCUCUACUCCACAAGAAGCCCCACAAGAGGUUCAGCCACCAGUAGCCAAAUCCUUUCCCAAUUCUUUGUUACUUUCCUGGAAUCCACCCAAAAAAACAAAUGGUGUUAUAACUCAGUACUCUUUAUACAUGGAUGGGAGGCUAAUCUAUUCGGGCAAUGGAGAGAGCUACACAGUCACAGAUUUAGCGGUAUUUAAGCCCCACCAGUUUUUAGUCGGUGCCUGCACACACGUGGGAUGUACAAACAGCUCUCGGGUCAUACUCUACACAGCACAGCUGCCACCAGAACACGUGGAUUCCCCGAUCCUGACUGUCCUGGAUUCUAGAACUGUAUCCGUACAGUGGAAACAACCAAGGGAAGUAAAUGGAGUUCUGGAACGCUAUAUAUUAUAUAUUGCAAAUCACACACAUGACUUUACAGUGUGGAAUGUCAUCUAUAACAGUACGGAACUUUUCCAGGAUCACAUACUACAGGACCUUCUCCCAGGAAAUAAAUAUCUCAUCAAGCUGGGAGCUUGCACGGGUGGUGGGUGCGCCGUGAGUGAGGCCAGCGAGGCCCUGACGGACGAGGACAUACCCCAAGGCGUGCCAGCCCCCAAAGCCCACUCCUACUCACCUGACUCCUUUAAUGUCUCCUGGACCGAGCCUGACUACCCGAAUGGUGUUAUCACGAGUUAUGGAUUAUAUCUAGAUGGUAUAUUAAUUCACAAUUCCUCAGAACUCAGCUGUCAUGCUUAUGGAUUUGCUCCUUGGAGCUUGCAUUCCUUCAGAGUCCAAGCGUGCACGGCCAAAGGUUGUGCUCUGGGCCCACUGGUGGAAAAUCGAACUCUAGAAGCUCCUCCGGAAGGAAAAGUAAAUGUAUUUGUCAAAACAGAGGGAUCCAGGAAAGCCCACGUGCGCUGGGAGGCACCUUUUCACCCUAAUGGGUGCUUAACAUACUCAGUCCUUUUUAAUGGGAUGUUUUAUGUAGAUCAAGCAGGUAAUAAUUACACCCUUCUGAAUGGCACAAAAAUCAUGUACAGCAGUGAAGAGGCCAACCUUUGGGUGCUCAUCGAUGGGCUGGUUCCUUUUACCAACUACACUGUACAAGUGAAUGUGACAAAUGGCCAAGGCAGCUUGAUAAGUGAUCCUGUAAUGAUUGCGAUGCCUCCAGGAGCUCCAGAUGGCGUGCUGCCUCCCAGGCUUUCAUCUGCCACUCCAACCAGUCUUCAGGUUGUCUGGUCUACACCAGCUCGCAACAACGCUCCCGGCUCUCCCAGAUACCAACUCCAGAUGAGGCCUGGCCACUCCACCCAUGGCUUUCUAGAGUUAUUUUCCAAUCCUUCUGCAUCGUUAAGCUAUGAAGUGAGAGAUCUCCAACCAUACACGGAGUAUAUGUUUCGGUUGGUUGCCUCCAACGGAUUUGGCAGUGCACAGAGUUCUUGGAUUCCAUUCAUGACCGCAGAGGACAAACCGGGACCCAUAGACCCUCCGAUUGUUCUGGACGUGAAGUCAAGAAUGAUGUUGGUCACCUGGCAGCAUCCUUCAAAGUGCAAUGGGGUGAUUACCCAUUAUAACAUUUAUCACCAUGGCCAUCUAUACUUGAGAACUUCUGGAAAUGUCACUAACUGCACAGUGACCCACUUACACCCAUAUACCGCCUAUAAGUUCCAGGUAGAAGCCUGUACUUCAAAAGGAUGUUCCCUCUCAGCAGAGUCCCAGACCACAUGGACACUCCCAGAGGCACCAGAAGGGAUCCCACGCCCAGAGCUGUUCUCUGAUACCCCCACAUCCGUGAUUAUAUCUUGGCAACCCCCUACCCAUCCCAACGGCUUGGUGGAGAACUUCACAAUUGAGAGAAGAGUCAAAGGGAAAGGAGAAGUUACUACCCUGGCAACUCUUCCAAGAAGUCAUUCCAUGAGGUUUAUUGACAAGACUCCUGCCCUUAGCCCGUGGACAAAAUAUGAAUACCGAGUCCUGAUGAGCACGCUUGAUGGAGGUACAAACAGCAGUGCUUGGGCAGAAGUGACCACAAGACCCUCACGACCUGCUGGGGUGCAGCCACCCGUGGUGACCGUGCUGGGACCCGAAGCAGUCCAGGUCACUUGGAAACCCCCACUCAUCCAGAACGGAGACAUGCUUAGCUAUGAGAUCCGCAUGCCUGACCCUCACGUCACAAUAACCAAUGUGACUUCCUCAGUGUUAAGUCAAAUAAUUACACAUCUUAUUCCUUUCACUAAUUACUCUGUCAGCAUCGUUGCUUGCUCAGGGGGAAAUGGACACCUAGGAGGAUGCACAGAGAGUUUACCUACCUAUGUUACCACCCAGCCCACCCUACCUCAGGACGUUGGCCCAUUGUCAGUGAUUCCACUAAGUGAAUCGUAUGUUGGGAUUUCUUGGCAGCCGCCAUCCAAGCCAAAUGGACCCAAUGUGAGAUAUGAGCUUCUGAGACGUAAAAUCCAGCAACCACUUGCAUCAAAUCCCCCAGAAGAUUUAAAUCGGUGGCACAAUAUUUAUUCAGGAACUCAGUGGUUUUAUGAAGAUAAGGGUCUUAGCAGAUUUACAACCUACGAGUAUAAACUGUUUGUACACAACAGCGUGGGGUUUACGCCAAGCCGAGAAGCGACAGUGACAACCUUAGCUGGUCUUCCCGAAAGAGGAGCCACUCUUACAGCGAGUGUCCUUAACCACACAGCCAUAGAAGUGCGUUGGGCUAAACCAAGUUUUCAAGACCUACAAGGUGAUGUUGAAUAUUAUACACUGUUUUGGAGUUCUACUACCUCAAAUGAAUCUCGCAAACUGCUCCCAGAUGUAAACUCACAUGUCAUUGACAGCUUAAAUCCAAACACAGAGUAUCGGGUUUUUAUCUCUGUCUUCAAUGGAGUCCACAGCAUCGACAGUGCAGUCUUGCAGGCCACCACUUGCGAUGGGGAGCCUCAGGGCAUGCUUUCUCCAGAGGUUGUCAUCAUCAACAGCACAGCUGUACGUGUCAUCUGGACAUCUCCUUCAAAUCCAAAUGGUGUUGUCACUGAGUAUUCUAUCUAUGUAAAUAAUAAGCUCUACAAGACUGGAAUGAAUGUGCCUGGGUCGUUUAUUCUGAGAGACCUGUCUCCCUUCACUAUCUAUGACAUUCAGGUUGAAGUUUGUACAAAGUAUGCAUGUGCGAAAAGCAAUGGAACCCAAGUCACCACUGUGGAAGACACUCCAAGCGAUAUACCAAUGCCCACAGUCCAUGGCAUCACUUCAAGAUCCCUUCAAAUUGAUUGGGUGUCUCCAGAGAAGCCAAAUGGCAUCAUUCGUGGAUAUGAUCUCUUACGGAAAACAUUAUAUUCAUGCCCUAAAACUCAGCAGGACCACGGUGAUGAGCUCUGCAAGGCUGUGAGGUGUCAAAAACCUAAAAAUAUCUGUGGACACAUUUGCUAUUCUCCUGAAGCUAAGGUGUGUUGUAAUGGAGUUCUCUAUGAACCCCGGCCUGGACACUACUGUUGUGAAGAAAAGUAUAUUCCAUUUGUUCUGAACUCAACUGGAGUUUGUUGCGGUGGCCGAAUGCAAGAGGCACAACCAGAUUAUCAGUGCUGCUCUGGGUAUUAUGCUAGAAUUCUACCAGGUGAAGUAUGCUGUCCAGAUGAACAGCACAAUCGGGUUUCCAUUGGCAUAGGCAACGCCUGCUGUGGCAGAAUGCCAUACUCCACCUCAGGAAACCAGAUUUGCUGUGCUGGGAGGCUUCAUGAUGCCCAUGGCCAACAGUGCUGUGGCGGACAGAUUGUGAGCAAAGAUUUAGAGUGCUGCGGUGGAGAAGAAGGUGUGGUGUACAGUCGCCUUCCAGGGAUGUUCUGUUGUGGGCAGGAUUAUGUGAAUAUGUCAGAUACCAUAUGCUGCUCAGCUUCCAGUGGAGAGUCUAAAGCACAUGUUAAAAAGAAUGACCCAGUGCCAGUAAAAUGCUGUGAGACUGAACUUAUUCCAAAGAGCCAGAAAUGCUGUAAUGGAGUUGGAUAUAAUCCUUUGAAAUAUGUUUGCUCUGACAAGAUUUCAACUGGAAUGAUGAUGAAGGAAACCAAAGAGUGCAGGACCCUCUGCCCAGCAUCUAUGGAAGCCACGGCAUAUUGUGGCAGGUGUGACUUCAACUCUACCAGCCAUGUUUGUACUGUGAUGAGGUCUCGCAAUUCCAUAGGGAAGACAUCAGUGGAAGAAAUAUGUUCAUCUGCUGAAGAAACUGUUCACGCAGGGAGUGUAAACACAUACUCCUUCACAGAUGUAAACCUCGAGCCCUACAUGAUGUAUGAGUACAGGAUUUCUGCAUGGAAUAGCUAUGGGCGAGGAUUCAGCAAAGCUGUUAGAGCCAGAACAAAAGAGGAUGUGCCUCAGGGAGUGAGUCCCCCUAGGUGGACAAAAAUGGACAAUCUUGAAGAUGCAAUUGUCUUAAACUGGAAGAAACCUAUACAAUCAAAUGGUCCUGUUAUUCACUACAUUCUUCUUCGAAAUGGAAUUGAACACUUUCGGGGAACAUCACUGAACUUCUCUGAUACGAAAGGAAUUCAACCAUUUCAGGAAUAUUCAUAUCAGCUGAAAGCGUGCACGGUUGCUGGCUGUGCUGCCAGUAGCAAGGUAGUUGCAGCUACUACCCAAGGAGUUCCGGAAAGCAUCCUGCCGCCGCGAAUCACAGCCCCAAGUGCAGAGGCUCUGCAUCUGAGCUGGAGUGUCCCUGAGAAACCAAAUGGCGUCAUUAAAGAGUACCAGAUCUGGCAGGUUGGGAAAGGUCUCAUCUAUACUGACACCACUGACAGGAGGCAGCAUACGGUCACAGGUCUCCAGCCAUACACCAACUACAGCUUCACACUUACGGCUUGUACAUCUGCCGGAUGUACUUCAAGUGAGCCUUUUCUAGGUCAGACACCGCAGGCAGCCCCUGAAGGAGUUUGGGUGACACCUCGACACAUGAUCAUCAAUUCUACAACGGUGGAGUUAUAUUGGAGUCCGCCAGAAAAACCCAACGGCCUCAUUUCUCAGUAUCAAUUGAGUCGUAAUGGAACCUUGCUUUUCCUGGGUGGCAGCGAAGAGCAGAAUUUCACUGAUAAAAACCUGGAGCCCAACAGCAGCUACAUUUACAAGUUAGAAGCCAAAACUGGAGGUGGCAGCAGUACUAGUGAUGAUUACAUUGUUCAGACACCUCUGUGGACACCAGAAGAAAUCCAUCCUCCACAUAAUAUCACAGUAAUUGGGCCGUAUUCCAUAUUUGUUGCUUGGAUACCACCAGGGAUCCUCAUCCCCCAAAUUCCCGUGGAGUACAAUGUCUUACUCAGUGAUAGAAGCGUAACACCUCUGGUCUUCUCUGCUGGUCGUCAUCAGUCUACCCUUCUGGAAAAUUUGACUCCAUUCACACAGUAUGAGAUAAGGAUACAAGCAUGUCAAAAUGGAGGUUGUGGAGUUAGCAAUAAAAUGUUUGUGAAAACAUCUGAAGCAGCCCCGUUGGAUCUUAAUUCCCCUGUUCUUAAGGCACUGGGACCAGCUUGCAUAGAGAUUAAAUGGAUGCCACCUAAACAACCGAAUGGAGUCAUCAUCAACUACUUUAUUCACAGACGUCCUGCUGGCCUUGAAGAGGAGUCUCUUUUGUUCAUCUGGUCGGAAGGAGCCCUUGAAUUUACUGAUACUGCAGACACUCUGAGGCCUUUCACACUCUACGAAUAUCGAGUCAGAGCCCAUAACUCCAGAGGCUCAGUAGGAAGCCUGUGGGCAUCAGUACGGACUCUGGAAGCCCCACCUCAAGAUUUUCCAGCUCCCUGGGCUCAAGCCACCAGUGCUCAUUCAGUUCUGCUGAACUGGACAAAGCCAGAAUCUCCCAAUGGCGUUAUCUCCCAGUACCGCGUGGUCUACCAGGAGAGACCAGAUGACCCGACAUUUAACAGCUCUACCGUACAUGCUUUCACAGUCAUGGGAACGACGCAUCAAGCCCACCUGUUUGGGUUGGAACCAUUCACAACAUACCACAUUGGUGUCGUGGCUGCAAACCAGGCAGGAGAACUUUCAAGCCCCUGGGCUCUGAUUCAAACCUUAGAAUCUUCCCCAAGUCGACUGAGCAACUUUACAGUGGAACAGAAGGAGAAUGGCCGGGCAUUGCUACUCCAGUGGUCAGAGCCUGCCAGACCCAAUGGUGUGAUUAAGACAUACAACAUCUUCAGCGACGGCGCCCUGGAGUACACUGGCCUGAAUCGUCAGUUUCUCUUCCGCCGCCUGGAUCCUUUCUCUCUGUACACCCUGACCCUGGAGGCGUGCACCCGGGCGGGCUGUGCACACACAGCGCCCCAGCCCCUGUGGACAGAUGAAGCCCCUCCAGACUCGCAGUUGCCUCCCACGAUCCAGUCUGUGGAGGCCACCAGCGUUGAGCUGAGCUGGUCGGAGCCUGUUAACCCAAAUGGAAAAAUAACUCGCUAUGAAGUGAUUCGCAGAUGCUUCGAGGGCAAAGCUUGGGGGAAUCAGACAAUCCAGGCCGAGGAGGAAAUUGUUUUCAUAGAAUAUGAUACUGAAAGGGAUACAUUUCUGUAUAACGACACAGGUUUGCAGCCAUGGACGCAGUGUGAAUAUAAAAUCUAUACUUGGAAUUCAGCUGGGCGUACCUGUAGCUCUUGGAAUGUGGUAAGGACGUUGCAAGCACCUCCAGAAGGUCUCUCCGCACCUGAGAUAUCCUAUGUAUCUAUGAAUCCCCCAAAACUGCUGAUUUCCUGGUUCCCACCGGAACAGUCUAAUGGCAUUAUCCAGUCUUACAAGCUUCAAAGAAAUGGAAUGCUCUAUCCUUUCAGCUUUGAUGCUGUGACUUUCAAUUAUACUGACGAAGAGCUGCUUCCCUUUUCCACCUACAGCUACGCAGUCCUAGCCUGCACCGGUGGCGGCUGCUCCACCAGCAAACCCACCAGCAUCACAACUCCGGAAGCUGCUCCAACAGGAGUCAGCCCUCCAGAUCUCUGGGCCAUCAGUGCCACUCAGAUAAAUGUAUCUUGGUCACCACCAUCAAGUCAAAAUGGGAAGAUCACUAAAUACUUGCUUAGAUAUGAUGGUAAGGAAUCUUUUGCUGGACAGGGCCUGUCCCUGUUGGCUUCCCACCUGCAGCCCUAUACCCAGUAUAAUUUUUCCCUUGUAGCCUGCACAAAUGGAGGUUGCACAGUUAGUAAGUCAAAAUCUGCCUGGACGAUGGAGGCCCCACCAGAGAACAUGGACUCCCCAACAUUGCUAGUCACAGGCUCAGAAUCAAUAGAAAUCACCUGGAAGCCUCCAAGAAACCCAAAUGGCCAGAUCAGAAGUUAUGAACUUAGGAGGGAUGGAACCAUUGUAUACACUGGCCUGGAAACUCGCUAUCAUGAUUUUACCCUCACCCCAGGAGUGGAGUAUGGCUACACAGUGACGGCCAACAACAGCCAAGGGGGUAUUUUGAGUCCACUUGUCAAAGAGCAAACCAACCCCUCAGCACCCUCAGGGAUGGAGCCUCCAAAAUUGCAGGCCAAGGGCCCUUGGGAGAUCUUAGUGAACUGGGAUUCCCCAGUGAGGACAAAUGGCGUUAUCAUCAACUAUACCCUCUUCAUCCGUGAGCUGUUUGAAAGAGAAACAAAAAUCAUACACAUAAACACAACUCAUGAUUCUUUUGGUACACAGUCACUCAUAGUGAACCAGCUGAAGCCAUUUCACAGGUACGAAGUACGAAUUCAAGCCUGCACCACCCUGGGAUGUGCAUCCAGUGAAUGGGCAUCCGGGCAGACUUCCGAGAUUGCUCCUCUGAUGCAGCCUCCUCCACACCUAGAGGUACGGAUGGCUCCGGGAGGAUUCCGGCCCACUGUUUCCCUUUGGUGGACAGGACCAGUUCAGCCCAAUGGAAAAGUUUUACAUUAUGAAUUAUAUAGAAGACACAUAGCACCUCAACCUGGACAAUCCAAUCCAGUGCUAAUCUAUAAUGGAAGCUCAAGCUCUUUUACAGAUUUGGAACUAUGGCCUUUCACAGAGUAUGAGUAUCAGGUCUGGGCAGUGAAUUCUGCAGGAAAAGCCCCCAGUCGCUGGGCGUGGUGUAGAACGGGGCCAGCCCCGCCAGAAGGUCUCGGAGCCCCCAAGUUCCAUGCGGUGUCUUCUACCCAAGCAGUCGUCAACAUCAGCGCCCCCGAGAAGCCCAAUGGAAUCGUCAGUCUCUACAGGUUGUUCUCCAGCAAUGCCAGCGGGGCCAAGACCGUGCUGUCCGAAGGCAUGGCCACCCAGCAAACUCUUCAUGGCCUACGACCCUUCACUACCUACUCCAUUGGGGUCGAGGCCUGCACCUGCUUCAACUGUUGCAGGAAGGGGCCAACGGCUGAGCUGAGAACUCAUCCGGCUCCACCCUCAGGACUGUCCUCACCACAGAUCCAGGCACUGUCCUCGAGGACGGCCUCCUUCCAGUGGAGUGCCCCCCUGUUCCCCAAUGGUGUCAUUCAAAGCUACGAGCUCCAACUCCACGUGGCUUGUUCUGUGUCAGCCCUGCCCUGCACUCCCAGCCAAACAGAGACAAAGUACACGGGGCCAGGAAAGAGAGCCGGCCUUGGGGGUCUCCAGCCUUACACCACCUACGAGCUGAGAGUGGUGGCCCACAACGAGGUGGGCAGCACAGCUUCUGGAUGGAUCAGCUUCAGCACCCAGAGGGAAUUGCCUCAGUACCGAGCCCCGUUUUCCGUGGACAGCAAUUUGUCUACGGUGUGUGUCAACUGGACUGGCACCUUCCUCCUGAACGGCCCGCUGAAGGAGUACGUGUUAACCGAUGGAGGACAACGCGUGUACAGUGGCUUCGACACCGUCCUCUACAUACCAAGGACUGCGGACAAAACCUUCUUUUUCCAGGUCACCUGCACUACAGAUGAAGGAAGUGUUAAGACACCAUUGAUCCAGUAUGAUACCUCUGCUGGAUUUGGCUUGGUGCUAACAACUCCUGGAGAAAAGAAGGGAUCGGGGAGCAAAAGCCCAGAGUUCUACAACGAGCUGUGGUUUAUAGUGUUGAUGGCGAUGCUGGGCUUGGUCUUGCUGGCCAUUUUUCUGUCCCUGAUACUACAAAGAAAGAUCCACAAAGAACCAUUUAUCAGAGAGAGACCUCCCUUGGUGCCUCUUCAGAAGAGGAUGUCUCCACUGAGUGUCUAUCCACCAGGGGAAAACCAUACGGGAUUAGCCGAUACCAAAAUUCCCCAGUCUGGGACGCCUGUGAGUAUUCGGAGUAUUCGGAGCAACCGGAGCGUGUCUGUGCUGCGAAUCCCAAGUCAAAGCCAAAUUAGCCAAACCUACUCCCAAGGCUCUCUCCACCGCAGUGUCAGCCAGCUCAUGGACAUUCAAGACAAGAAAGUCUUGAUUGACGACUCGCUCUGGGAAACCAUCCUGGGCCACAAUAGCGGAUUGUACGUGGAUGAAGAGGAGCUGAUGAACGCCAUCAAGGGUUUCAGCUCGGUAACCAAGGAACACGCCACCUUCACCGACACCCACCUGUGA